AUGGAGAGACAUCUGAACCAGGACAUCUUCCUGUGCCCAGAGAAAGUAAUGAGCCAGCAGUCCAGCAGGCUGUCCCAGGCCACCAAGGGCUCAAGGGGUCGCUCCGCUGUCGUGGCAUCCAGCCAGGGCUGUAUCAGCCCCACCAGGUCCCACUCAGCCUCGCGCUCUGGGGGAGGCAGUGCCUCCACAGCCUGUGCCAUGAUAGGGGGUGCCUUUGGCAGCCAGAGCAUGAACAGCCUUGGGAGGAGAAGGAAGGUCUCUCUCAGUGUGGCCAGAUGUGCUGUCCAGGCUGGGGGCUCUGAUGGGAAGGGGCAAUGGAGAUAUGGUGGUUUUGGAGGCAUUCCUGGUGGAUCAGGGGGCCUUGGGGAUUCAGGGGGCUUUCCCUUCAGCAUCCAGGAGGUGAUCAUCAACCAGAGCCUCCUUCAGCCCCUGAACAUGGGAAUCGACCCUCUAGAUCAGGAGGGUGAAGACCAAGAGAAGGAGCAAAUCAAGAUGUUCAAUGACAAGUUUGCUUCAUUCGCCGACAAGGUGUGGUUCCUGGAGCAGCAGAACAGGGUACUGGAGACUAAGUGGUGCCUCCUGCAGGAGCAGCCGCCCAUCUCCAAGGCCAGCACCGGUGACCUGAAGCCCUUCUUUGAGUCCUACACCAGCUGCCUGCGAGCCCACCUGGACAGGCUGCUGAGUGAAUGGCAUCAGCUGGAUGGAGCAAUGCAGAGCAUGAUGCAGACUCUUGUGGAGGAAUAUGAGAGGAAGUACGUGGAUGAGUUUAACAAGUGCUCAGAGGCUGAGGAUGAGUUCACGGUUCUGAAGAAGGAUGUGGAUACUUCCUGCAUGACCAAAGUGGACUUGGAAAUAAAAAUGGAGAGUCUGACCAGUGACGUCAACUUCCUGAAAGCCCUCUUUGAAGCGGAGUACAACCAGGUGCUGUCAGAAUCCAGUGGUAUGUCUGUUAUCCUGUCCAUGGACAACAACUGGCAUCUGGACCUGGACAGCAUCAUCAGCGAGGUCAAGGCCCAGUAUGAAGAGAUCACCCAGGGGAGCAAGGCUGAGGCUAAGAGGCUGUACCAGGUCAAGCUUGGGAGGCUGCAGACUAUAGCCAGCUGGUAUGGCGCUGACUUGAGGAGCACCAAGAAUGAGAUUGCAGAGCUCAAAAGGAUGGUCCAGAGGCUGUGGGCAAAGAUUGAGGGCACCAAGAAGCAGGCAGAAUACCAGCCUUAUCUCCUGUGUGACUGCCAGGAGCUGAUGAACGUCAAAUUGGCACUGGAUGUGGAGAUUGCCACCUACCAGAAGAUGCUGGGUGGUGAGGAGUGCAGGAUCGUGCAGACUGCCACCAGCAGUGACCAGAGCUCCUGCAUCAAAUACUGA